GGGAGAGAGAGGAAGGUGCCUCCUCUCACUCACCAUUGCCAUAAUUGUCUCGGCGCGUUGAAUCGAUGUCGGUGUAAACGCAGCGAUCUGGAGGAAGCCUGGAGGAUUUAACUUCACACUCUCACACACAAGCGGACAAACCUAUGCUCGGAUUUCGGCUCUUCUCCCCUUCGCCAAUGCAAAAGGAAAUAUGCAGCGAAGCUUCACCAUCCUCUACACCAGUUUACUGGGGGUGUGCUUGGGUUCAAGCUCAAGUUUCCCAAGUAACAUCAAUAUAGGAGGAUUGUUCCCCACCGAAUCGCACGAAUAUGAGGUGUUCCGCUUCGCCCUGUCGCACCACCAGGACAUCCCCAAACUGGUGCCGCAGGUGGAUAUGGUCAGGAUGGGGAAUAGCUUCUCCAUGACAUAUGCAUUUUGCUCACAGUUCUCCAAAGGUGUGUAUGCCAUCAUCGGCCUGUAUGACAGGAAGACAGUCAACAUGCUCAUGUCCUUCUGCGGAGCGCUGCACGUCUGCUUCGUCACGCCGUCUUUUCCCAUCGAGACGGCCAACCAGUUUGUCAUCCAGCUGAGGCCUGAGCUGCAGGAUGCUCUGGUGGGUGUAAUCAACCACUACGGGUGGACCAAGUUUGUCUACAUGUACAGCUCUGAUUCAGGCCUGUCGGUGCUGCAGAAGGUUCUGGACACAGCAGCGGAGAGCAACUGGCUGGUGACCUCGGUGAACGUGGAGACCAUGACUGAGGCCUCGUUCUUGAAAGUGUUUCAGGAUCUGGACAAGAGGAAGGAGGGCCAGAUUAUCAUCGACUGUGAGACCGAGAGGCUCACUGGCAUCCUCAGGAAGAUUGUCGAACAGGGCAAGAAUGCUAAGAGCUAUCACUACAUCCUGGCUAACCUGGGUUUCCUAGACAUCGACCUGACAGACCUGAGGAAAGGUGGGGCGAACAUUACCGGCUUCCAGCUCGUCAAUAACUCUGAGCCCAGUGUCAGCCGUGUCGUCCAGCAGUGGUUGGAGUUUGACAAUAAAGACUCCAAAGUGCCCAAGAGUGGACUCAAGUACACUGGCGCUCUAACGUACGACGGGGUGAAAGUCAUGUCCACCGCCUUCCAGAAUUUAAGGAGACAGAGGAUAGACAUUUCUCGCAGAGGCAACGCUGGCGAGUGUCUCGCCAACCCACCAGCCCCCUGGGGACAGGGCAUAGACAUCCAGAGAGCCUUGCAGCAGGUGCGUAUAGAUGGGUUGACUGGUCACAUUCAGUUUAACGAGAAAGGCCGCAGAACAAACUACACUGUGAGCGUCAUGGAACUGGCCCCAUCUGGACCCAAGAAGGUUGGCUACUGGAAUGAAGAUGAGAAGUACGUGACCACGGCGAGCUUCAUGCGAGGCAGCAACGAGACGUACGGCCUGCAGAACAGAACCUACAUCGUCACCACUAUCUUGGAGUCACCGUAUGUCAUGCUGAAGAAGAACCACGAGCAGCUUGUGGGAAAUGAUAAGUAUGAGGGCUACAUCGUGGAGCUGGCUGCAGAGAUAGCCAAACAUGUGGGCUACCAGUACAAACUCAAGGUUGUCUCGGAUGGCAAGUACGGAGCAAGAGACCCAGAUACCAAGAUGUGGAACGGCAUGGUGGGAGAACUGGUGUAUGGGAAAGCGGAUGUGGCUGUGGCUCCUUUGACCAUCACCCUGGUCCGUGAAGAAGUCAUCGACUUCUCCAAGCCAUUCAUGUCCCUUGGAAUCUCCAUCAUGAUUAAGAAACCCACCAAAUCCAAACCUGGUGUGUUUUCAUUCCUUGACCCGCUGGCUUAUGAGAUCUGGAUGUGCAUAGUGUUUGCCUACAUUGGCGUCAGCGUCGUCCUCUUCCUCGUCAGUCGGUUCAGCCCCUACGAGUGGCACGCCGAGGACUAUGAGGAAGGAGAGCCACAGUCUCCCACCCAAGCUUCGGCCUCCAAUGGGGUGCAGCAGGGCCAGACACAGACGCAGCAGAACACAAACCAGCAGAGUCUUGAGCAGACUAAUGAGUUUGGCAUCUUCAACUCCCUUUGGUUUUCACUGGGCGCCUUCAUGCAGCAGGGAUGUGAUAUCUCCCCACGCUCUCUGUCAGGCCGCAUCGUCGGAGGCGUGUGGUGGUUCUUCACCCUAAUCAUCAUCUCGUCCUAUACUGCCAACUUGGCCGCCUUCCUGACAGUGGAAAGGAUGGUGUCUCCUAUAGAGAGCGCAGAGGAUUUGGCCAAGCAGACGGAGAUCGCCUAUGGAACGCUGGAUGCCGGAUCCACCAAAGAAUUCUUCAGGAGGUCUAAGAUCGCCGUGUUUGAGAAGAUGUGGUCCUAUAUGAAGGCGGCUGACCCGUCUGUGUUCGUCAAGACCACGGACGAGGGCGUGAUGAGGGUCAGGAAGUCCAAGGGCAAGUACGCCUACCUGCUGGAGUCCACAAUGAAUGAGUACAUAGAGCAGAGGAAGCCGUGCGACACCAUGAAGGUGGGAGGGAACCUGGAUUCUAAAGGUUACGGCAUCGCCACGCCGAAGGGCUCUCCUCUCAGAAACCCAGUAAACCUGGCAGUGUUAAAACUGAACGAGCAGGGCCUCUUGGACAAAUUGAAAAACAAGUGGUGGUACGACAAGGGCGAGUGCGGCAGCGGGGGCGGGGACUCCAAGGACAAGACGAGCGCUCUGAGCCUCAGCAACGUGGCGGGGGUCUUCUACAUCCUGAUCGGCGGCCUGGGCCUGGCUAUGCUGGUGGCGCUUGUGGAGUUCUGCUACAAGUCCAGGACCGAGUCGCGCCGAAUGAAGCAAUCCAUCAACGACGCCAUGCGCUGCUCCACCCUGACCAGGAUGAGUGGCAACGGGAGCGGGGGCGAGAACGGGCGAAUCCUCACCCACGACUUCCCCAAAACCGUUCAGACUCUGCCCUGCAUGAGCCACACCGCCAGCAUGGGUCUGGGUGCCUCCGGCUGUGAUCAUCACAUGACUGUGCUGGCGGCGAGGAACGGGCAGGGUGGGGUAAAAGAAGAGCACAAGACUUUAAGGACCUCAAAAAUCAUGGCUGUCCACUUUGACCCAUCUAUUCUCCCGGCUGUCGACUUGCUCUGACUCUUUAAAGACUUAACUUUACUGCCAAAAUGCACUGUCGAACCACUCCUUACGAACUACGAACAGAACAGAGACUUGAUUUUUUUGUUUUUUAAGAGUUGAAAAAGAGGUUCUAAAAGAAAAAGAAAGGAAAUGUUCUGCAAUAAAGAUGAGGGGCGUGUUUUUGAAUUUUUUACAGUGUUCCUUUACUGUGUGUGAAAAAAAAGAACUUUAUUCUUCAGUGUGACGCCUGCGUUGUGCCAUUUCAAUGGAGCUGUUGACGUUAGACUGCGUGUGCAAUAUCCUCACCUUCACCGCUGACCUUGUACUACCUAGAUGCUUUGCGACGGCUAAUGGAACAUGUCUUUGCACAGAUGUUGGCGGAGGAGGACAAACGCUUGUGACUGCUGCCAUGAUUUGAUAUUGUUUUUUGGGACUUACGCUCUCUCUCUCACUCUCACAUUUAUGCGCUAUGUUUUGGAAGGACAGAGUGCUCUGUGUAGCAAAGCCAGUAUUCAGAUAUAUAUUGUAUGGUUUACACUGUUGAAAUAGUGCUUUGUCUGUAGUUUGAUUUGACUACUCCUCGACUGAAGGUUGAUGCCGUUUGACCAGGCUACGACAAACAUGCAUUGCUGCUACACCUCAUCUAACACAUCAUGCCUUGUCUUUGUGCCAUAUGACCAUUCUCACAGAUGAACACAGAUACACUUUACACUUGUUGCUGCUUAGUCAUUAUUUUGACCUGCAGAUAGAGUUUUAGUAUAUCAUGAUCGCAGAGCUCAGAUUCAGAGACUCUGAUCUUUGUGAGACAGAUAAGAGAAAACACACAUUACUCUGUGGUUCUGUACAGUACUGAGUGACCUUACACUGUAUUCUACUCUUGUGACAUUCAUAGCAUAUCCAUCGAUAUACCUUGGGAGUCUAUUUGCAGCACGUUAGAGAACAAAGAUCGACAAAAUCCAGAUAUUAUCUGGAGAAACUAUAGUUAGCCGUUGAUGCAUAAUUCACUCUCUCCUCUGAUUUAUUUUCAGCUGUAUUCACUUUUAAUGAAAUGGGCAGCUAUUCACCCUCGAUUAAUUGAGAGUGGCACAUCCCCUUCAGAUCGUGCACGGCCUAUAAAAGGAAGGUUAGCCUUCUCUUGCUGUUGCUAGCUAUAGCUGAGGAAGGUGAUGUCACAGUCUGUAUCGUCUGUGUCUUCUGCAAGUCAAGGGGUCGCUGCUCAGCUCUGAGUCGUCCCUUUCAGAUCGUGUGAGGUAAACAGGAAUCAGAGCGGCAGGGCCAGGACCAUAGACGCGGAGGUCCUGAAAAGAAAAUUUCACCCCAAAAAUUUCCAUUUUGUGAACAAAAUUACUCUUGAUGUCAUGUGCAUUUACAGGACUGUACGAUUGGACACUGCCAUGAGUGACUGACCCACAGCAGAAAACAUUACAUUAUAUCAAUUAAUUAAAUUGCACUUUUAAUCAGCAAAAGAAAAAAGCUGGCAUUAUUUCUUAUUGUCAACAAGUGCCAUUUAACCUCAUGACAAUAAUUUGUUAGUACUUCCAGUGAAGGCCUGAAAACCAGCGUCUUCCAGUGAGCAAUGAGUUCUAACAUGGAGGCAUGAUUUUCUGCCAGAAAUCCAACCGUUUUGACAAUUUCACCUGAAAUGUUUCAUCGUCUUCACUUUUGUCUUACCUCUUAUCACUUGAGAGAAUAGGCUCAAUUGGGAAAAGUGAUAUAUGUCAAAGGAUUUAGAAAUAUGUCUCAAAAUGUGAUAGAUAUGUUUUUUAAAAACCAUAUCCAUUUUUUUUAAUAGUAGUUCCAGAUCAGGCUUUUACAACACCUUUUUUAUAACAUGGUUUAAGUGUGGGGUUUGAUCUUUUUAUAGGACUUGUCAGUAAAAAGACAUCGCCAGCCUUUUCUUUUAAACUCAGCUGUGUCAAAGGUGAUAAUUGUCAGAGCAUAAAACAAACCAAUAACAGUUAUUCACAACACAUCACAGCCACAAGCUAUGUAAAGGUGACAUUGUGUGCCCUCUUAGAAAUCUCAUCUCGUCCGCUUGCUUAUUUAUCUUUCGCUCUCUCCACCCACACAAAUUUUCCACAGCUAAAUACAACUGUACCAAGUGUAGAUUUUCUGAUAUAUUUAUAUAUAUAAGUAUAUGAAUUAGCUUGAGUAAGUAAGUGGGUAUCAAAUUAUUCAUAACAAUGUACAGUCUUGAAAUGCACUGAACAUCAUUAUCAUCACAGUAUGUGUUCAGAGGUGAGAUUUUAUUUUAAGGUGACAGGAAGGUUGUUGCUUGACAUGGGGCUUUCGCUGCUGUGUGAUGCAAGUGGUCAGCUCUAUGUGAUGAACGCUUCCUGACCCCUCCUUUCACAGAAGAGGCCAAGCAUCUUUACAAAGGCAGCACCUUUUACUUUCUCUCUUCCUGUGAGUUUCUGCUUUGAAAAGUACCACAUCUUAAGUAUGACUCCUCUCCUUCCCCUCAAAUCAUCACAGAAUCAUAAAAAACGGGCAGUUCAAGUUUACUGAAAUCAUACAUAUCUCCACCUAUUAUGUAUAUAAAAGGCUUUUUUCCUCUUCCCCCGGUGAAAAUGUUCUCUUGCAAACCAUGCCUCUGUGUACCUGACUUAGUUACCUACUGCGUGAGUACUUUUCCUUUCCUCCGUCAUCUACGCGUCUUCUUUUGCUGAUGUUGUAUUAAUUAGGACACAGCACAGCUCUUCAGUGGAGGUUUUACCUUCAGAAAGAUGUUUUAUAUGCCAUAACAAGAUUUGUUUAAAAAAAGCAAAACGAAAAAAAGACUCAAUGUUUGUAUUAUACUGAAGAAACAGUUGGGGUGCCGGCAAAGUGUUGUACACUUGGACAAGUGUAAAAAAAACACACACACACUGAUGUUGAAUAAUCUUUAGACGCUAAUGUUGUUUAAAGCCAGUUUUGAGUUAGUUUAAUUUGUCAGUGUUUUUUAAGUGCUUGGAAUUUAACACCAUUUGAAUAAUUCUUUGUCGUUUUUUCUUUUCCACAGUAUUUUACUAUUGGAAUCUUCUCACAGUUUGUUGACCAGAAGCAUCAUUAUUUUUGUUUUUUUAUUCCUAUACUUUGACAAGGGUGUUGCAGAAUUUCAUGGUCUAUGGUCAACAAAUGGGUUGACACUUUAAAAGAAUUUAAAGAAUACAGAUAUUAGGAAUCCAACUUUUGAGAAAUAAACUUUUUUUUCUAACCAGAGUGUCCUGGAAGGAAGUCAUCAUGCUUUUGUAACCGAAU